CCACAACGGCUUUGACGUGCCCGAGCUCGUAGUGCAGUGUGCAUCUGGAAGUUGUCGCCAUCAUAUCUGGCUAAAUGUUAACCUAGCUCUCAAGUCAGUUAGCCACUGUGUUCGAGGAUAUAACGAUAAUGGUACGGUUAGCCUGCCCGUGCUUCCUGUGCUGAGCUCCUGUGAUGGUCGUGAUGCUUUAAUCAACACUUAGGACUGUGGUGCUGUGACGUUUACUCGCACUACCAGCGGCUGUUGUCAGAGCUCACAUUAGCAAGAGUCUUGAGAAGAGGUAAGGGGCGGAGGACUGCUCCGACUGACGAGGUCUAGCAAGUACAAACAGCGACAGACGUUUAAUGUCAGAGUUAGUAAAGUAAAGGUUCUGGGUGUCUCGUAGACUCUUCGUUAGCUGUGUCUGCUGUCGUUGAAGUUCGCAACGUAGCUCCGCAAAGCUAGCUGCAACUCCGCCGAGAAACAUUGAAGAUUCGCAGCUGACAGAGCUAAACCUCCGGCCCGGAUUGCUCUUCGGCGACGGGAGUCUGUUAAACUGGAGCUGGCAUCGUCUCAUCUCCCAUCUAUAACAUCGGGCUGCUGGGCCUCACAACCGGGAAGAUGUCUGAGGGGGAGAGCAAGCAGGCCCCGGACACUGUCCAGGAAGUGAAGCCGGAGUCCGCGGCCGCUGCACCCACAGGUCAAGGUGUGUCAUCCGUGUCUCCGCCGGUGUCCAUGGUGACCCAGCCUCCUGCUACUGCUGCCACGGAGGAUGAGGAAGAGGAGAGUGAGGAUGAGUCAGAGAUUUUGGAGGAGAGCCCCUGUGGACGCUGGCAGAAACGCAGAGAAGAGGUGAAUCAGCGCAAUGUGCCUGGGAUUGAUAAUGCUUACUUGGCCAUGGACACAGAAGAAGGAGUCGAGGUGGUGUGGAAUGAGGUCAUGUUCUCGGAAAGAAAGAAUUUCAAACUGCAAGAGGAAAAAGUCAAAGCCGUGUUUGACAAUUUGAUCCAGCUGGAGCAUUUGAACAUUGUGAAGUUCCAUAAGUACUGGGCAGAUGUCAAAGAAAACAGAGCGAGGGUUAUUUUCAUCACUGAAUACAUGUCCUCAGGAAGCCUCAAACAGUUUUUGAAGAAGACAAAAAAGAACCACAAGACAAUGAAUGAAAAGGCCUGGAAGCGCUGGUGCACACAGAUCCUCUCUGCUCUCAGUUACCUGCACUCAUGUGAACCUCCCAUCAUUCAUGGCAACCUCACCUGUGACACCAUCUUCAUCCAGCACAAUGGCCUCAUCAAAAUUGGCUCAGUUGCUCCUGACACUAUCAAUAACCAUGUGAAAACCUGCCGAGAAGAGCAGAAGAGCCUUCACUUUUUUGCUCCAGAAUAUGGAGCUGUUGCCAAUGUUACCACAGCUGUGGAUAUCUAUUCCUUUGGAAUGUGCGCCUUAGAGAUGGCUGUGUUGGAAAUCCAAAGUAACGGAGAUUCGUCCUAUGUGUCCCAAGAAGCCAUAAACAGUGCCAUUCAGUCCUUAGAGGACCCGCUGCAACGGGAGUUUAUCCAGAAGUGUCUGGAGGUCGACCCCAGUAAGCGACCCACAGCCAAGGAGCUGCUGUUUCACCAGGCCUUGUUUGAGGUGCCCUUACUGAAGCUGCUGGCUGCACACUGCAUUGUCAGCCACCAGCACAUGAUUCCUGAAAAUGCUUUAGAAGAGAUGACAAAGAACAUGGACCCUAACCUGGUUAUCGUUGAGGGCAAAGAGGGGAUUCAGAUGAAGCUUUCCCAGUUUCCUGCUCUUGAGCUGGACAAAUUUCUGGAAGAUGUAAGGAAUGGAAUCUACCCUCUGACUGCAUUUGGGGUCCCCUGUCCUCAGCAACCCCAGCAGGAGGCUGUGAAGUCACCCAUAGUUCCCCCAUCGGUCAAAACCCCGACCCCUGAACCCGCAGAGCUUGAGACAAGGAAGGUCCUUCAGAUGCAGUGUAAUAUUGAGCCUGUUGACGAGGGCACGAAACAUCACCUGACCUUGCUGUUGAAACUUGAGGACAAACUGAACAGGCACUUGAGCUGUGAUUUGUUACCAAAUGAGAACGUGCAGGAGCUAGCUGUGGAGCUCGUUCAGCUGGGGUUUAUCAGUGAGGGCGAUCAGCCUCGACUCGCAUCUGUUCUCGAAGAGGCCUUCUCUAAGUUUUACAGCCGGAAUGGUUCGCUCAAUCCGGUGACUGUUUCCUCAUAGCCGAGGAGUCGCCAGGCCUUCUUUCAGCCUUCCUCAUCCAUUUACAGCGGGACUAGCUUUUGCUUCACCUCCGAGUUGCAGGAAAGCCUUUGCGAGGACAGAGGAGGAAGCCUUGGUCUGACUGCAGAUCCCACAGCCUGUUCUUGUAUCUUCUAGUGGGAAAAGCUGCCACUAAGUGGUUGUUGCUUUAGAUCACUUUGUUUUCCCACCAAAUACAGCCAUCUGCUUCUCUAUUAAGAGGAAAUCCUAGUUGCAAUGGAAAAUACAAAUGUUUUCACAGUUUGGCCUAUUUCUUUCAGUUCUGAAGUAGUGAAGAAAUGUUAGAGGUAAGCAAGAAAAUAAAAAAGGGGGUGGUAAAAGUAUUUUCCUUAAGUCAGUGUUAAAAUUGUAUUUUAAACAUUUUUUCACUUUACACUGUUUAAUAGUUGUCUGUAUGGAAAAACUUUGUCUUGUGUGUGAGUGUGUGUGUGUGUGUGUGUGAGAGAGAUGGUAAUGUAGGGUUAAAUCUGGUUGUCUGGUCCUUUAAACUGUGUCCUGAGCAGUGAGUGAGGAAUCAUCGUAUCUUGUAUCACUUCUGGAAGGCUGAAUCGCAUCAAGCGAGUAUCAGUUUUACUUUACAGAUCUGAAAUUGUGCAACAUAUUCAUGAAAUGCAGCUGAAAAACAAUCGAAAGAGCUACAGAUAAAAAAAUAUUCAAAAGAUCAAACUAUUUAUUUGUGUUACAUCUUUUUCUCAGUGUGUAUUGUACUUCAAUUCCAGCACUAAGGCCGGUGGGUGUUUGAAUGUAUGCUUUUACUUGCCCUUUUUCUUUAAAAUCACACACUUAUUUAUCACAACAAAAAGGUGGCACCGCUUCACUGCGGUCCAGCUACUAUAAAGUAGGGAAUUGCAGCACUUAUGAGUCGGGGUUAGGUUAAUGAAAAGUCUAUAGGUGACAUUUUACAAACAGGGUGUUUGUUCGCUCCAUGUGGGCUUCCUCUAGUGUUUUAAGCAUGUGAUGGAUGAUCAUCAUUGAGGUUGGUGAAUGCAUGUAUGCUUUUCCAUGCCUAAAUGGAAACCGAUGCAUGCGGUAGACUUGCUUCUGGAGUUUGUUUAGGUUUUUUUUUUGGUUUUUUUUAAGAUUUACUCUGAUAAUGUACCAUGUAGAGACUUGUGUCAGCUUAGGCCUAUCAACCUUUAGCUCGAGUAGCUCUGACAUAGGUUUCCUUCAUGGAUACCGGAGCUAAAAUCUUUUGAGAAGUUCAGCUAAUUGGCUCAGACCGCUCUUUAUCUGUUAAGUGUCUGGGGAUCUCUCUGCUAGUUUGCACAUUUCUGUAUCCUGUUGGGAGAUGUCCUGUGGCUUGUUUCUCAUGUACACCAACCGGAAGUUAAGAUUUAGAGAUUGAAAUUCAGUCGGUGAUCCAGUCUCGGUGUCUCCAUGCUGUGACAGGGCCUGUUACUGUGAGAGACGAGUGUGGCGCUGCCUGGCAUGCUUGUAAACAUCUUGUGCACUGUAUGCUGGACACUGCUCUGUCUCUGCAUUACCCUCUUUUUUCACUUCCUGAAAUAAAAAAAAUUACACUGUCAGCACUUAA